AACGGAUAUGACGUAAUCAAAGAAGAAACACUCAUCAUUGCAGCUCAAAUCAUUCACAAGCCAACGCGUGAUUAAACUUUAUAAACACAAACGGAUGAAAUGGCACAUUUAACGACAAACCCGGAAGAUAAAGAGAGGUUCUUGUGCAUUUAUCCAUCUUACGUCAACAGUAAAAAGACAUUAGCAGAAGGAAGGCGAAUCCCUGUAGAGAAGGCAGUGGAGAAUCCAUCAUGUGCUGAGAUUCGAGAUGUCCUCACAGCUGCUGGACUCAAUGUCCUCGUGGAGAAUAAGAUGUACUCGAGAGAGUGGAACAGAGAUGUUCAGUUUAGAGGAAGAGUUCGUGUGCAAAUAAAACUCCAAGAUGGAAGUUUGUGUCAAGAGAAAUUUUCAUCUAGGAAAGAUGUGAUGUUUUAUGCAGCUGAGAUGAUUCCUAAACUAAAGAGCCGGACACAGAAGAGCGGAGGAGCUGACGCUGGGGCACAACAGGGUGAAGGAGGAAAGAAAGGAAAGAAGAAGAAGAAGUAGAUGAUGAAAGAUUUCAAAGCUUUAAAGUGGACAGUUUGAAGAUGACUCCUCAAGACUCAGAUUUUUGGUUCCUCUUUUGUUUAACGGAUGAAUAGUUUAAGUCGGUUCAUUAUAAACACUUUCCUGGACUCGAGCGUAACACGUGGAAGUUGUGAACACUUCAAUUUUUGUUUGUAUUAUUUUCUGAUUUAUAAAGAGCCGUUCAGAGAUGCUGUUGGUUUUCAGUUAAAUGUCUAUGAUGAUGGAUUGUGUUUAAAUAGACGCUGACAGAGCACGACGUGUCUUCACGGGUCACACCGAAGUAUCUUUCAGCAGAAGUGUCGGGUGUAAGUGUCUCUCAUGGGAGGAUCAGUGUUUUCACACGCUUUCAACAUGCUGUGAAAUACCAGUUCAUGUCCUUCACAGCACCUGUCGAGUAGAGAUUUACACUGCCUGCAGAUGAUUCCUUCUCCAUUACACUUUUAACUCAAUCUGUGCUAAUGAAGGAGAAAUAAAGAGAAUCAGAGUUCA